AUGACGAAACGGGAAACCCUAUCUGAUCCGGCCACGCCGGCGACGUCUUCGCCGCCGGAUAGGGAGAGUUGGAGGGACUUCUCGGCGCUGCCCCGCGACGUCCUGAUGGGCAUCUUCAGCCGGCUCCCUCACGCCGACAUCCUCCGUGGCGCGGGGCUCGUGUGCGCGUCGUGGCGGCGUCUGGCCGUCGCCGAGCCCGAGCUGUGGAGGGACAUUGACCUCUCGUCGUCCGACGACGACAAGAUCGUCCGACGUCCGACUGCGAUGGAGCGCGCUGCCGUGGACCGAAGCGCCGGCCAGUGCCAAUCCUUCCGCGGCCCCGCGGACGGCGACUUCCUCGCCUACCUCGCCGCCAGGUCGCCCGACCUGAGGAGCAUCCAUGUCACGUCGUGGAUGUACAUGCCCCAUAGCGGAUUCGUCGAGGGAGUGAUCAAGAAGCUCCCGCUGCUGGAGCGGCUCGUCGUGUCGCGCGGCUACUUCGACGCGUCGGGCGAGGUGAUGCGCGCGUUCCUCGACCACUGCCCGCGCCUGGAGCUGCUCGACGCCGGCGGCUGCUACAACAGCUACGCCAUCGGGUACAGGCUGCGGGAGAGGUGCCACCGCACCAUCAGAAACCUGCGGCUGCCACAGGCCGACCUGAGCAGCUGCGGAUGCUGCAUGGAGUACGCUCAGAAACAUGCAGACCAACUGGACGAUUGA